UUCACAUUCAUGUUUCAGUCAACUUGACGAGUACCCCCAAGUCGUCUCUCUCUUUCCUCUUGCCUUCCAUAGGCAAUCUAGACGACUACAACUUUCACACCACAAUUGCUUAACCAUUUGUUUAUGCUUCAAAAUUGAUCAACAUACAUAUGGAAGGAUCUCCUGCUACUCUUAGAAUAGCAAUUCUUGUAGUUGGUGUCAUCUUUUAUGUUCUUCUAUGGAUAUCAAAUAUUUGUGCAAUUCAUUAUUGGACCAAAAAUCGCAAAGUGAAGCCUCUUGUAUCAGACUCUUCAUUAGGAAAUCACUACACCAAAGUUUCUCACGCAGAACUUCUUCAAGCUACCGAUGGGUUCUCUCCGGCCAAGCUGGUUGGGGAGGGACGUUAUGGCUCUAUUUAUAAAGGGGUUCUGAGUUUUGGCGGAGAAGUUGCUGUUAAGGUACUCAAGCUUCAAUGCCGAGGAGCAAGAAAGAGUUUUGUGGCGGAAUGUGACGCGUUGAGGUACAUUCGCCAUAGGAAUCUUGUCAAGAUCAUCACAUGUUGCUCGGGCUUUGAUCUCAAAGGCAAUGAUUUCAAAGCUUUGGUCUUUGAGUUCAUGCCUAAUGGGAGUUUGGAUGAGUGGUUGCAUCCAAAUUUAUCCGUGCAGCUCAACUCAAGGAGCUUGAAUCUAAUCCAGAGGCUAAACAUAGCCAUCGAUGUGGCGUGUGCAUUGGAUUAUCUUCACAACCAAUGCCGACCAGCAAUCAUUCAUUGUGAUCUAAAGCCGAGUAAUAUUCUCCUUGACAACAAGCUUUGUGCCCGUGUAGGUGAUUUUGGGCUAGCAAGGUUUCUUACACCUACUACCACAAGGAGAUUCAAUCAUAUGCAAUCAAAUUCAUCAAUUGGAAUAAGAGGAACAAUUGGUUAUGUCGCGCCAGAAUAUGGUCUGGGAGGGGAGGUUACAACUCAAGGUGACGUGUAUAGUUAUGGAAUACUCUUACUAGAAAUGUUUACGCAUAAAAGACCUACCGAUGGUAUGUUUAUGGAAAACUUAAGCCUCCAUAACUUCGUGAAGAUUGCUCUCCCAGAUAGAGUGAUGGAGAUUGUUGAUCCCCUACUCAAAUUGGAAGAAGAAUACGAGUCAAACAGGACAGGCCAGAAUAGCGAAGGCAACAGGGGAAGAAUAGAGAAGUGUUUGGGAUUGAUACUUCGGAUUGGAGUCGUAUGUUCAGCUCAAUUUCCAAGAGAAAGGAAGAAUAUAGGUGAUGUUCUCUUGCAACUCCAUGUAAUUAGAAAUUAUUUCUUGGGUUCGGAGAGAGAGAGAUGAUAUAGAAGUAUGGGAGAGAAUACACAGUUGAAAAAUCAUACUUCAGCUCCAUAGAUGUAUAGGUUUUUACAGAAUUAUUUGAAGGACCGUAGAUAUAUAGAUAUAUAGGUUUUGCUCAUCCUAGUUUGUAUUUAAGUCCGUGGAAAGGUUAAAGACGGUUGAAGAAUUUAUGAAUUAUUAUUUCUUUUUUUA